GGAAGGAAUGCAAGAAUUGAAGAUUCGUGCUGAAUCCAUGAUGCCUGCCAUGAAGUUUGGCCAGCCUAGCACAAGCACGGAAGCAGAAUUGAAUCCAACAAGUUCAGAGAGUGAACCACAUUGGGCGAAAGCAUUAAAAGUCAGGACUGAUCCAUUUAAAUCAAGGACAAGGAGGAAGAAUCGUAUUGAAAUCAUUCGAGAAAGGAGAAGACAAACAAAGUUACAAGAAAGGGCAGCUGAAGGAAAGUAAAUACAUGAUACCUGCCAUGAAAGUAAAUACAAGCAGCAGAAAUGGAAACAAAGUGACAAGGAGAAGGAGGAAGAUUCGUAGUGAAAUCAUUCAAGAAAGGAGAAGACAAACAAAGAAAGGAG